GUUCCAUUCUGCUCGCGGGGUGCAGGGUGCGGUUUUUCCUAUAAGGCUAAGAAAAUCCUCAAGGACAUGUCCGUGGUCGAGCAAGAUCUGGAUCCAGAUAGUACUACAGGUACAGAAUUUGUUAUAGAUUCUGAAGAAGAACGUAUUAAAGAAUGUGAAGAAAUGUGGAAAGAUAUGGAAAAUUGUCAGUAUAAAUGGUCGCUUAUUGGAACUGAGACACUCACUAAUUCAAAUGCUCAGCUAUCAUUACUGAUGAUGCAAGUGGAAUGUUUGACUUCUGAACUCAAGCAAUGGCAAAGUGAAACACCUGAAGUAAUUCCUCUGACUGAUGGUGUUCUAACGACAUUAGGGAAGGAAGAGUUACAAAAACUGAAACAUGAUCUUGAAAUACUACCCACUCUUCAGUCAAAGAAUAAAAAGUUAAAGGAAGACAUUGAAAGAAUUGCUAAUGAGAUGAAAACAAAAAUUCUCAGUAUAAAAGAAUUUAAGGAGAAAUUCUUCAUUGCCCUGGGUGAGUUUCUGGAAGACCAUUUUCCCCUGCCUAGUGGAAAAACUAAAAGGAAAAAGAAAAACAUUGAAUCAACUGCAGAGCUGAUAACAUUGAAUGAGAUUAUAGAGACUCUUAUAAAUGGAAUGUUUGAUAUUCCGCAUGAUCCCUAUGUCCAAAUUAGUGAUUCCUUUUGGCCACCGUAUGUUGAGCUGCUGCUGCGCAAUUGGGGUUGCCUUGAGACGUCCUGA